GCUACGUCAGUGGAGCAGAUCACGUAAACCACAGACAUGAAAGCAUUAAUAUGUCUGAGCUGAAUUCCCACAGGUGACACUGUAACAUCCUGCUGGAGACAGGUUCGUGAAAAGUCAGUUGACUGAAUCGGUUGUGAAGUGCGCAGCAUCCUCAUCAUCAUCAUCUUCAUCGCCACCACCACAACCGACACAGCGCUGGUGUGUAGGACGCGGACGGAGCGAGCAGCGGAGAAGCUGCUGCUGUGUUCAGAAAAUGGCCGACAGAUUUUCUAGGUUCAACGAACAGCGUGAUUUCCAGGGUGGAAAUCACUUUGACCAGUAUGAAGAGGGCCAGCUGGAGCUGGAGCAGGCGUCCCUGGACAAGCCCAUCGAAUCGCGAAUCGGCCCCUAUUAGCUAAGCAGCAAUGACCCGCCCAGUAUUUUAAAGCCAGGAUAACAUCGGACACCGGCUGCUUCAGAAACAUGGCUGGAAGUUGGGGCAAGGACUUGGCAAAAGCAUGCAGGGUAAGGUUUGUUGGAUCCCCUCUGUAUGUCAUGUGUGUGUGCGAGUGUGGGUGUGUUUUCUUUCUCCCACUCUGCCGUUGACCUCAAUGUAACACCCUUUUACAGUGUACUGUAGGCUAAUGGCCUCUGUCAGCUUCUUCCUCUUUGCUGCAUAAUCACUAAACCUUUAUUUCAAUCUGCUCGAGAGUAAAAUGCUUCGAUUUAAACCAAGAACAAAAAUCUCUUUUGAAUCGAGGUAGAUGUAGGAAGCCAUGAUUCCAUCAAAUCCCUUAGAAUCAUCAUCUCCACGUAUUUUAGAUUUGUUUUUCCUCUUUGAGUUUCCGUGGCUGCUGUCGGGUAUCUGAUUGGCUGUAACCACGGCUCAGACUUUGAAUGGCUUGCAGAGUAGACACGUUUUCCCCCGUCUGCUUGUUUGCCUGUUUCUACCUCCAAACCUGUUAAACUUGUGUGAAUGUGUGUGGUCAUUAUGUGGGACUGAGACACAUGUGUGUUUGUGGAUGUGUGUGUCUGUUACUGACCGGGCCAUAGAGUCAACUUACAGGGAAAACCUCACCACCCUUCUACACCCGAAGUCUCUGUCCCCAUGGUUACACUCCCAUCCUCCCCCUGUUUAUUUGCUCCUCCUGCACAGCAUGUUUGUCCCAGAGGUGCACAAUUGCCUGCCCCAGACUGUCACUCACCUGGGUCUUUAAGCAGUGGUGGAGGUAACGCACUGAACUCCCACUUUCACAGUCCAAACGGCUGCACAGUUCACAUUUUUAAGUGUACUUUGGUUAAAAAUUGCAAUGCAGAACCUGCUCUAAGCACUGCUUAAAGCCUUGCUGGCUACUUCCUCAGAUACAUUUUAUGUGUGUGUUAUAUGUCCACUUUUUGUGGGGUUAAGCACAUCCCCAAACAAGCUUUGUGGCUUUAGGCUAGGGAGGAAAUGAAGGAAUCUCAGGGAGAAUUACUAACUGGGCUGACAAGCGUUUGCAAAGCAAAAAGCUCAAAGGGGGAAAAUGGUGGUUGUCCCUAGAGGUACUUAUCAUCUCAUCUCAAUAUAUUUGACCAAGUUUAAAAAGGCUUAAAUGUUUCCCUGUACCACGCACUGUAAAAGUAGAGGUAAGCUUUGAUUCACAUUUUUUGUUAAAUGAUGCAACUCCUUUCUUCCGUUAUCUGUACGACUUGAGGUACCAUCAGUUUUUUAUCACUCCCUCACCCAGUACAGCUCCUCCAAAAGUUUUUACUUUAUGGGUUUCUUUGGCUCGGCUAAGGUAAAAAAUAAAAAAAAAAGUCAUUAGUGGUGUAACGGACCACGGUUGAUCAGUUCGGAAUGCAUGUGAAUUGCAGAUUAAUGACAAAGUUUACAUAUUGUUUUAAAGUACAGUUUGUCGCUUGCACUUUUUAAAGUAAUGAUAGCAUAAAUCUCAAUCCAGAGAUGCAGUUAAAUCAAAGUAGUAACAUUUAAGUCACAUGUAUGGGAGCAUUUAGGCUUCCCAGUUAAAUCUACAGGGACCAGCCCUUUAAAAACAGUGUUUUCCACAAAAUUGAUUCAGUCUGUGGGGGUAGCGCUGGUGCACCUGCACUCGCUCACAGUUUGCUCUCUUGUGCAACAGAGGACGAAUGACAAGUGUACAGACUAGAGAGUAAAAAGAGUAGUUCUCUUGUGUGAGAGAACAACAGUGUAUGCCAUUCGUGGUUAUGCAAACAGCUGCAGCUGAAACUAUGACGUCUCACUGCGUGUAGGGUAAAAACUGGCUGGGCGAUACGGAAAAAAAUCUUAUAAAGAUCAUUUUUUUCCACAUCACUCGAUUUCGAUAUAUAUCACGAUAUAAAUCAAAUCACUAUUUCUGCCAUAUCUAAUUCAGAUGGUAAAAAAGAUUAGUGGUAUUACCUCUUUGUGGAAACUUUCUACACAAUUUUGCAGUGCACGCUUCUCUGCUUCAUGUCGGACUUUAAAUACCCAAAAUAUCUCCACUCUACCGAAUUCUUCUGACCCUUCUUUUCAGCAAUGUCCUCGUCUUUUGAGCCUUGGGCUGUGUACGUUGGGGAGUGUUCUUCGGUAACGCUGUCGCUCAAGUUUUGGUUAAAAUUUUCUGUCGUCAUUUUCUCUUUUAUGUCACUCCCACUCCGGGCGUGCUGUUGUGCACAGCGGCUGUAGCCAAAACAGUAGCACGUGUGCUGCUGCUACUCCUACGCUCUGUGUUGUGUGCGUUGCGCGGCGCUAUUCUCAUUAUCAUUGGCUGUUCGUGUUGUUUGUCAAAACAUACAUGGAAUGAGUUAUAUCGACGUUGUAUCGACCAUGUCUUGUAUUUCUAUCGAGGAAUUGUUAUUUCGCGAUAACUAUCUUUAUCGUUUUAUCGCCCAGCCCUAUGUGGCGGUAUAAAUUGGAAGUUGGCGGACCACCACAGUCUAGAUAAUAAAUGGGGAAACACUGAAGACAAAACAAUAACUUAAGUUAUUUUUUAUUUACUGUCAUGUUGCAAUUUAAUAUUAAGUAUAUUGUUUUAAAACUUGAUUUAGACAUUGACGCCUAGAGUGUAUAAAAGUUCUUUAAUAAAAAAAUCUAUUUAUAUUUGUCUCCCUUUUUUGUUCCAUUAGUAAAAAAAAUGAUCCGAUCCUUGACUAAAAACCAUGAUCUGAUCCGAACUGUGAGUUUUGAGCUCCGUUGCACUGCUACUAGUUAAAUACAUCUGUAUUUUGCUUUGCUAAUACAAGGAUAUAUGACGUUUGGUAUACUUUGUAAGGGGUGGUUGUUUGGUUUCCUGGGGGCAUACUGUGGUUGAGAGAGAAAGAUGAUGCCAGGUUUAGGGGCCUGGGCACUGGGACCAGUGGUUGGAAGAGAGUGGUGAGAGGAAAUCCCUGUAAGCACUUAGCCCUGAGUAAAGAGAUGAGGGGGGUGGGGGGUGACACACUGAAGCCCCUCUGGUAAUAAACCCCCCUUAACCCCACAAUCACACUCCCAACCCUACCCUCCCUUCUCUAUGUGCCUCAAUCUUCCUGCUUAACCAAUUGGUGUUUCUUUUUUACAGCGAUUUGAUCCUGCCCAUGUUGUGCUGAUGGUAAACUUAGUGGUAAAUGUUAUUUUAUCCCCCAAUUGAAUUGUUUUCUUUUUAAAAUUUCUUUUAAUUUCUCCCAUUUGUUUUUUGUUUUCCUCUCAUCAGACCACCAAUGCUACAUAGGCUUUCAAUUCUUUCUGUAUUAGUCCUCAUUCUGCUGCUUGUAUAUUAUCAUGCAUAUGUAUUACUCUUAGAACAUUGUCAUUUUGUUUGUUUUCAGUUUUUUUUAAACCUUGUGAUUCACACCCUGUGAUUUAGAUGCACAUUGUUUUUGUCUGGUCCCUUUGUUUUCCACUGGAAUGGGUAAUGUGGAAGUUUUGUCACUGUGUUUUAAAAAUUGGUGAUAGUUUGGGAUGAGUGUAAUUGUUCAUUAAUCUUUAAUUCUUGGCCUGACUUGUGACUCCUUUCAGACAGACCACUGCAGUGGCUGACUAACAGACCAAACCCUGUUUUUGGUUUCACUUCUCUACUGCUGUUAGGCAAAUUGCAUGAACACACAUGUCUAUCAGUAGAUAGUCUUGUGAUCUACAAAUCACACAAUCUCCUCACCUCCUUUGUGGAAUAAGGCCUCCACAAUCACGUUGUCAGUAAGUGUUAGGCCAUAGCAGCUGACAGACACUGCAGUGGGACUGAGAGUCCAGGCAGGCCUCUAUAUGUUACAAUGCCCAUGCAUCUAUGAUUUCAGAAUUAAUAUGUCAUUGGGCUGUGAUGACUAAAUUAUUCAAGGAAACCACAGAUAUUUACCUGUAGUAACAUUCUUACCCUUCUCUGUCCAGGAAGGUAAGAAUGUGCCUGAUAGUAGCCUCAUUUGAAGUAAUAAAUUAAAAGUUUGAAAGCCUUCAAAUGCAUACAUAUUUAAUGCAUUUUGUCUGUGGACGUGUUUUGCCUAAAAAUAUUGCUUUGACAGGACAAUGACACAUCUAUAGAAUUUUUCCUCAAUACUUGAGAAAACCUUAAUUAUCACAAGAAUUAAACCUAAAUUGUUAAUUUCUAAUCCCAGUGUUCACAGCUAUUCCAUAUGCCCAAUGGUAUACAUCGAAAAUUGAUUCAUGGAGAAAAAAAAACCCCUAACUUGAAUAUGUGGAAGGAAAAAAAACUGAAACCAAACUGAAUUGAUAAUCACUAUCAGUAAAAUGGAUUAUUGUAUCUGGCUGGCAACAGGAGCAGCAGACUAGUCCAAAUUCUUCUUUUAUGCCUUUUUGUUUUGAGAUUCCCGUGUCUGUCUGUCUGUCCUUCCCUUCCUUCUCCUCCUACCCAUAUCCAUGUUUUACCAGGUAAGUAUCCCCCAUCCCUUGCACUGUCACCAUGGCGAUACCUGGCCUGUGACGUCACUCUGCUGUAGUUCAGUGCUUGUGUCCUUUUUUAAUUUUACUCUUGUCUUUAUCUCUGCUUUGUUUGGCUGAUUAUGAGUGGAUUAAGCAGUUCUGUGUCAAUCUCCAAAGUAGUUUUGAUUUUUUUAUAUAUUUUAAUGUUUCAUUCUGUUUUUUGUUUUUUUUGGUUGUCUUUGGUUUGUUUUAUUUUUCUACAGUUAAUUUCCUUCUGAUCUAGCUCUUUUCACAGCUUACAUAACAUAGCUUAAGCAAACAAAGGGAAAAAUCUUAAAGCUCCAGUCUUGAUGAGGAAGGGGCUCUGGGACAAGGGGGAACCGAUUUGAACCUUGGGACAGUUAAAUGGUCUUUCAGGGGUCAGCCAGCCCGCACACAGUGCAGAAAGAGAUGAUGCAAUAGGCCUUAGAUAAUAUUAGGAGGCUUUGUUCCCCCUCACGGAGGAUGUCGCAGUGGCACUCGGUGAGCUCAGCUGUGCUGGCAGCUGCUGCCACUGCAACUCCCUUCAGACACACACACAUGCAAACACACACCACCCACCGCAGUCCUUCAAGCUGUAUCGUCCUUGAUAAACUUGGCAUUCUGAUUUAACAGGACUGCUGCAAUGAACGGGUGGAGGAGGGGUACUGGGCAGAGUAACUAUACUGAAAAGAUAUACAAACAGAUCGGCUUGUAGCUGACUAGCUUAUUUCAAGUGAACUUUAUCUUUUUCCUGUAAGACAUGUAGCCAAACAACCCUGAUGCCCUUGACCUCAUCUAAUUCAACAAGACAACAGUAAAGUGCAGCUAAUUUGAAUUAUUCAAAUGCUAAUCAGCAGCCAGGACAAAUGAAACGCAUAGGGUAAAUUGGUAUGUACUUGGUGGCUGCAGUAAGCUGUGAGAAUGGCUGGUGUUUGGUUCACUGUAGCUUUCUGGUCUCUUUGCACUUCAAGGCAAAAUUCUCUAACCCCAGCACCCUAUGCUCUAAAAGCAGGCUGUCUCCGAGCUGACCCUCCGUCCCAGCCUCAAAAACUCACCUCGUCCUUUCUCUGUCUCUUCUCCCUCAGGACGCACCGACCCUGUGCCCAUUAUCCUCAAAUAUGAUGUCAUGGGGAUGGGACGGAUGGAGAUGGAGCUGGACUAUGCAGAGGACGCCACAGAGAAGAGAAGAGUCCUGGAAGUUGAGAAGGAGGAUACAGAGGAACUGCGUCAAAAAUACAAGGACCAGGUGGAAAAGGAGAAAGCCAUUGCAAAGGCUCUGGAGGACCUGAGAGCCAACUUCUACUGUGAGCUAUGUGACAAACAGUACACCAAGCACCAGGAAUUUGACAACCACAUUAACUCUUAUGACCACGCUCACAAGCAGAGGCUUAAAGAGCUGAAGCAGAGAGAAUUUGCUCGUAAUGUGUCCUCACGUUCACGAAAGGGUGGAAAGAAGCAAGAAAAAAUGCUACGCCGAUUACACGAGCUGGCUGAGCAGAGGAAACUCCAGGAUCGUACUCCAGGAAGUGGGCCCAUGUUCAAAACGACCACAGUGGCUGUGGACGGAGAGAAGGCAGAAGAUGGUGACAACAUGAUGCCCGAGAACCCUGCUUUGACAGAUGGUGCCCUGGAAGGAUCACCGACAGAAAAAAGUGGGCAAACCUCCCCGAAGCCUGGCCCAGCCAUCAGCUUCUCUCUAGGAAAGAACAGCUCCUCAUCCCCGACCCCAAGUGGUUCGUCAAAAGUCAGUGUUUCCUUCUCUUUUGCAAAGAAAGCUCCAGUGAAGCUGGACACGGUGGCUGCAGUGUUUGCUGAUCAUGGUGAGGAGGCUAUGGAGGAAGACGAGAACCAGGAAGGGGAAAAGACAGCAGAACAAGAGGAGACGUCUGGCUGCGGAACAGAAAGCCCCAAGGGAAUAUCAAUAGGGGUUGAAGUAGCAGAGGUUGGUGGUCCGGCAGGGACGGAAGAGGUGGAGCAGCCCGACGAUGGAGGCUCUCUAGCCUCCACACUCAACAAACUGAAGAUGAUGAUGAAAAAAGAGGAAGGAUAUGCUGGACAGGAGCCUGAGUACUAUCACUAUGUACCUCCAGCUCACUGCCGGGUAAAACCUCACUUUCAGUUUUUGCUGUUCAUGAAGGCCACUGAUCAGUCUCAGAUCAAAGAAGAAGAAGAAGAUGAAGAAGAAGAAGAAGAUGAAGAAGAAGAUGAUGAUGAUGAGGAAGAGGAAGAGGGGCCAGAGGAAAAAAAGGGUGAAGAUUGUCCUGAACAGACAGAAUCCAAUGUUGCAGAUUGUAAGACUGAUCAAGAACAAGUUCAUGAACAAGAUCAAGAACAAGGAGAUGCCCCUCCAGCUCCUGACCCAGACCCAACUCCUCUUUCGCCUAAAGUGCAGACAGAGGAUGUUUCUUCAUGCGCAGUAGACACAGCUACUAUGGUACCCACAGCUACUAUGGUACCCACUUCACCUACACAAAAACCAGAGAGCACACAGGAAAUUCCGGAUUCAAAUUCAGGCCCUAAAAUCCCCACUGGACCCUUCUUCCCAGUUCUUAGCAAAGAUGAAAGCACGACCCUGCAGUGGCCCUCUGAGCUCCUCGAAUUUACAAAAGCUCAGCCUUCCCUGUCUUACAGUUGUAAUCCCCUCUACUUUGACUUCAAGCUAUCCCGCAACAAAGGAGCGCGUGGUGGUAAAGCAGCAAAGUCCUCUAAGCCUGAAGAAUCUGAUGACAAGGGACAAGAGGUAGCGACCUCAACAGCGGAAGUAGAUUCAACGACUAAACCUGGGACCAGCACUGACAAAGAUAAGCCAUUGACGAAGGGAGAACCUGGUAAAUCAGAAGGUGAUCAGCAAAAGCCUGCAACUGGCAGCAGUAGUGUCAAGAAAAAAAAGAAAAAGAAGAAGCAUAAGAAGUCUGCGAAGCACUCAAAACACAAAGAAAAAGCAGCAGCAGCAGAAGGUGCUGAAGGGGAGACGGAGGCAACACAAGAAAAGCCCAAAAAGAAGAAAAAACACAAACGGAAGAAGAGCAAAAACAAAGCUCCUGAUCAGGAUGAGGCAACAGGUGCCGAAAAAGAUAAAGCAAAACCAAAGUCAGAAGAUAAAGCUGUUUCCUCCUCCGUUCAGCUGACACCUGCAGGGGGAGGAGCUACAGGAAAUACAAGAGUUGAGCUGGGGAAGAGGAAACGUGCUACUAAGGAAGUGCCUUCCAAGUCUGGAGCUGAGGAGGGAGGAACCAGAAAAGGUACCGAUAAGGCCAACGCCUCAGAGGAGCACAGUGCCCCCAAGAGACAAAAGACUGACUCCAGUGCAUCUCAAAGUGCCUCCUGCUCCACCUCAGCCAAGAAGAGUCCUGGUCCAGGUAGACCCCCUAGCAGUGAGAGUGAAGAAGAAGGCGGCUCAAACACUCAGCGCUCUCGUCAUCACAGGUCAAGUCCCCGGGAACAACGCCGCCACCGUAGUGAGGAAUCGGGGCGGUCCCGUAGUCGUUCAUCAAGACGAGGGGAUAGACGGGGCAGCAGUCGUCGGCACCAUCGUGGCCAAACCUCCCACAGUCACUCUUACUCCAGCAGCUCGGAGCGCUCCUCAGCAGGCAGCAGUGCCUACAGCCACCGUAGCCGCAGCUACUCUGACAGCUACAGUGACUACAGCAAAGAGGGGCGCAGACGGCGGCGGUCUAAGCGUUCAUCAGAGUCAGAGUACGAGCGGAGAGGUAGCCGAGGGCGCAGACGAUCUAGGAGACACCAGUCCUCCUCUUCUUCCUCAGAUGACUCCCGCUCACGUUCACGCAGCUACAGCCGCAGAAAAAGGCACCGACGGCACCAUCGGAGCAGUUCGAGAAGCUCCAGCAGCUGGAGCCGCAGCACCAGCGCAAGAUCCAGGAGGCGCAGCUACAGCCGAAGCCACAGCUCAGCCAGCCGCUCCUCCAGCUCCGCCAAAGUCUCCCCUCAACGACGAGGCCCUAGGGGUCGAGGUGACAGUGACGCACAACGCAGAGACUUUAACCGCUCAAACAUCUACCGCUCCCAGUCUCCACGUUCAUCUUCAUCACGAGGCCUUAUCCGCAACACCCAUUCAUCCAGCUCACAGGCUCUGAGGCCUGGAGGAUCCAGAGAUGCAGGGGAACAGAAAAACUCCCUGACAGCACGGCAACUUCUGGAGAAGAUUCAGUCUAAAAAAAGUUCAAAUGAUUCUGGCACUGGAACAAAAACUGGUCUCAAGAUUAAAGACCCCCCUCAGGGCUACUUUGGCCCAAAACUACCCCCGACCCUGGGAAGUAAAGCCCUGCUUCCACUUUUUGGUAAACUGCAGGCAGGAAAGAAACCAGUGAUUCCUUUAACCAGACCAGAUGAGGGAGAGAAAUCAGGAAUGGGGAAGGGCUCUGAGGCUGAGAGAGAAGUUAUCCUGGUAGAGCCUAUAAGAGAGUUCCCUCCUCCACCACCACCUCCAGCUCCACCAGUCCAAAAGGUUGAGGAGGCUCCACAGAGCACAGUGGUACAUGAGGAGACGCAGCAGCCCACUACAGAAGCCCAAGUGCACCAAGAACCCCGGCCAUUGUUCGAACAGGAGCCUUCCAUAAUGAUGCCUCAGUACCAAGCAGAUUCAGGACAGGACCCCUCACAGAACCCCAUGAUGGAGUCCCUCAUGCCAGAAAUGCAGCAGCAGCCCCCAAUGCAUGCCUACCCUGCUUAUCCACCACCCAACCUGGAGGAGGACUGCAUGGAGGCAGAGGAGGACGGACUGGCUCCUCUGGAGAGUCAGCCCAUUACGUUCACACCGGAGGAGAUGGAGAAAUACGGCAAGCUACAGCAGGCUGCACAACAACAUAUCCAGCAGCAGCUUUUAGCCAAGCAGGUCAAGACGUUUCCCUCCGCAGCCGCCGCCGCGGCAGCAGCUGCCAACAUGGCCCCGGCUCCCCCUCCGCAAGCUCUGCAGCAGAUCCACAUUCAGCAGCCAACUAUGUCCCUAGCCUCCGGCACAUCAAUCACCACAGUGCAACACGCCAUCCUGCAGCACCAUGCUGCCGCUGCUGCCGCCAUGGGCUUACACCCAGGACAUCAUCAUCACCACCACCACCCACACCCGGCACAUGCCCAGUUGGCGCAGGUACAUCACAUUCCCCAGCACCACCUCACCCCCAUCUCCCUCUCUCAAUUCGGCCACUCUCUGGGUCACUCUCUGGGUCACUCUCUGGGACACUCACUGGGACACGCUGGGCUGAUUCCUGCACACCCGACAGCCUUCCUCUCUGGUCAGCCCAUACAUAUUAUCCCUGCUUCUGCACUUCACCACUCCCCUUUAGCUCUGCACCAUGUCCCACACGCAGCCCUCUACCCCACACUCUUCUCACCUCGGCCCUCACAGGCCGCUGCAGCAGCAGCAGCUCUCCAGCUCCACCCACUGCUACACCCAAUCUUUUCUGGGCAGGACCUCCAGCACCCACCUAACCAUGGCUCUUGAGUAAUUCUGAAAGUGAAGGAGUUAAAUCACAGCUCUGGUGGAAAGACUUUUUUUUCUGAUGAAGUCAGACUUGCAGUCAGUGUAACAAGAUGCUUGUCAAACCACCGUUUUACAGGCCCACACAGUGCAGUAAGUUGUAGCCACAAAGUGGUGCUGCUUGUGUUGGCUUUAAAAUUGACACUAAGACUUUUCUCAUGGUUUUCCCUGUACUUUUAAAGGCAGGAGGUCAAUUUGAAGCGAUAUUCCAUGUAGGGGGAAUAUUAACACGAACCAAUUUGUUUGAAUGACGAAACAGAGAAACCACUGGAGUUUUGUUAUUUGUUUUCCAUAUAAACAUAUUAUGAUCACAGUUUUUGCUUAUAUUGGUAGCCAAAGAGAGAUGUAAUGGCUGAGGCUAUAAGCAGAUAGGUCAGAGGAGGAAGCGGAGGAGGUCAAACAGCUUAGUCUGUAAUGUAAUUUUCAUAGUGAUGAUGCUUUUUUUUGUUCUCAUACGACUACUCGCUUUCUAUUGGAUCCCUGGUCUCUAAAUAAUUUGUAAUGCAGUAACUUGUACAUAUAUCAGUGUGUAAUGUGAAGAAUCCCACCAAUGAUGACCAUAUGUGAUUAUAGCUACGAUGUCCAAAUCAGCAUGACAUUGUCAUUUAGGCCCCCCUCUCCCUCUCAAGGGGAAAAGUAACACGGGGUUUUUAAUAUCCCUAAUGCUUGGAGGUGAAGAUCAUGUUCUCUGUGGUGAGGGUACACCUGAAUUAAUUGCACUGAAACCUGUACAUCAAACUGGUGCUUUUGCAUCAUGUAACAAUAAGAUUGUAGUAUACUGCAAUAACUGUAUUUUUCUGUUUUUAAAUUAUUUUCCAAAAUGCUCUUCAAAAGAAGGGCUGUGUUUUUUUUUCUUCCUUUUGGUGUAAUUUUGUAAAUAAAACUGCUGUAGAUUAACCUAUUAACAUUCUAGAGGUUUGAAACUGCUGUGGGGAUGUGGGGGGGGGGUGAGCAGGAUGGCAAGUUGGAUGGAAAAUAGACGCCAUGUCUUUUUCCAAGGUUAUUUCUAAAUUACCCCCCGGCUGAGAUGGGCUGUGACAGAAAAGGAUAGUGAUCUGUCAAACAGUAGCAACGCUGUAUUUUAUAAAGACUUACUCUGUUUCAGCAAAUAAAACAUUGAGUUCA